GUUUCAAAGCAAUCUUUCAUUUUUAAGUUAUUUUAUUCUGAAAAAUGUUUAAAUAUUGUUAGGUUUAGACAGAAGAAAUAAAUAAUAUCACAGUAACAAUGUCCGCGUUGGAGGCCCAGACCGAGGAACGCGAGGCCCUGCAGUCCAUCUACGAGGGCGACGAAAAUUUCAAAGAAGUUGACGCCACCACAUUUCAAUACAAGUAUGGCGAAGAGAAUCACUACAAAUCGUUUCUGGUGGAGCUCAAGUGGGGCGACAACUACCCGGAAGAGGCCCCCGCUGUCAAUAUGAACACGUUCUACAACAGGCAUCUGUUGCCCGCUGUCAAGGAGCAGAUACUUAAGGUCGUCUGCAAUGAAGCAUCUCUAUGGCUAGGCUGUGGCAUGACGUACAGUCUUUUCGAAUGCCUUAAGGAUAACAUUGACCAACUGACUGAAGGACAGACGGAGUCCGCCCCCGUUGUGGCGCUGGUGGAUGAAGGUGUGGGUGCCUUGAAAAUCUCCGAUGCGGAUGCCGAUGCCAAGAAGAAGGAACCCAAGAAGGAGCAGAUGACCAAGUCGCAAAAGCGACGCCAAUGGGAGCGAACCGAUCACAAGGGUGAUCGUGUACGUGGCUGGGAUUGGGUGGACCUUGUUAAGCAUUUAUCACAAACGGGCAGCAAAGAAGACUCGGCAGCAGCAGCCGAAAGUGCAGCAGCCACCGCAGCAGCAGCACCCGUGCUGCAUCCCCUGAAUAAUUAAGCAAUUAACUUACUUAAGAACC